AUUUCCUGAUCCGGCCAGGCUGAACUGCGAAGGUGCAAAAAGUGGCGGGACAGGCCCAUGCUCACGUCCGCGAGAAGACCCUGCAUUGGGGGUUGUCUUCAGCACAUGCAUCCAAUUCACCGCGAUUCCUAAUAGAAACUGCCCAGGUCAUGGAUCUGACCCGUUGGCCUGCUUGUCUUCACAUACUUUGCGGUCUUCGAGGCCUGUCGAGGAGCGCUCUUGUGAUACCCAGGACAAAUCUUGGCAGAGAAGGGCACCCCUUUGAUCCGUUCGAGGUAGCCACCCUCCUCAGUGUCGACGACAGCCAUCGCGAAGCAUCCUCUGCAGCCAGUCAGCCGCAUACAGCAGAUGCAGCAGUCCGUCAUCCCCGAGUACAUCUCGAACCAACCUCCGUUCAGAAGAGACACGUCGAGGGGAGGGAAAGCAACAAUGCGUCAAGGACACCAACUGGAAGACAUGGCAGAGCGUAACGCUAGAAUGGAAGCCGAAACCAACGUGACACCGACUGCUGCUACUGCAGUUUUGUUUACCGCCCCCCCACCGAUCCUGGACUUG